GAUAUUUUGCAAACAGCUGAUUCUAAAAAACAAUAACUCAGACUUCCAAAUAAACAAUUUUGAAAAUUCGGGUAAUAACGCCAUGAGCUUCUCGGAAAACACUUCCGAUUUGGAGUGGAAGGCGAGGAAAAUCAACAAGUCGACGUCAAAGCGGGAGGAGGAACAGAGAUGUUCAUCGCGGACUCUAAAACCCAAGUAUAACCAGAAGUUUUGCGAGAAGUGGCUCAAGAUUUUCGAUCCGUGGCUGCGACGAGCUGCCGAGGACCCCAACAAGCCCUUCUGUCGCGCAUGCCAGUGCACCAUGGACUGCAAUCGGUGCCACCUUGUGAGGCACGAGCGGACCACAAAGCACAAGCGCAAUCUGGAGGCGUUGCUCACAAAAGGCGAGGGAGCGGCGCUCCAAGAGUUUCGAAUUCGACAGCAGCGUAGCAAGUAUUACCACCAACGAAAGUUGGCCAUGCGGCAGGAGGAAGAUGAAGAUCCAACGACGGAAAACGUCAAUUUGGAGCCUCCCACUAGGACUUUAGGAGAUUCGGUCCCUAUGACGAUAAUUUCUGUUUCGAACUCCUGCUCAACAGUCAUUGAAGAAGUGACAGUGCCCAAGCAGGAACUCCUUUCUGAGGCGGAGGCCACCACCAAGAUAGCCGAAUCCUCGCCAAGCUUACCCAGACGUAGUGAAUCCUCCUCCGCUACCUCCAACCAGGACGGUCUGAAGCUACUCAUGCAGAUCCAUCAGGACAAGAACGACCUGAUGGACUCCUUCCGCGAACUCAUGGGUAGCCAGAGGCUUCACACUCCACCGCCCAAGGAGAAGAACCACGUGGACCUGUUCUUCGAGAGCGUUAGCUCUAGCGUAAAGGCAUUGUCUCCAAAGUUGGUGGCAGAGGCAAAGAUGCGGGUAUCGCAGUUAAUCUGCGAACUAGAGUUGCGCGGUCUCAGAGAGAAAAUUCCCACGGAAACUAUAAAUCAAAACCCAUUAACAAGUAGAUCUCAUGUUCUUCGGCCGCCAGGACACUGUAGUCCAGCGGUGGCUGAGCAGUCCGGCUUUAGCGGGAUUAGUUGAGCGUCAUAGUUUAGAUGAAAUAUUUAGUAAUAAUUUUUUAAGUUGAAUAAAAUAGAUUAUAAAAAAAGGCUGCGGCUUAAACAUCAUUAAACGUAAACAUUUCAAUUAAACUAGAUAAAAAGUUAUAUGAAAUGAUUGUAAAGAAUUUUGAAUAACCUUGAUUUUUCAGUAAAUUGUUCAAACAAGUAGAUAGUAAUCGUAUAAAUUAUCAUUUUAUCGAUAGCUUCGAUAGGCAAACAGUAAGACGCCGGUUGAUGAUAGUUAACAGUUGUAGUUAAGAUAUGCAUUUUAUUUGACUAAUCUAAAGAAUUCAACGAAACUGUAAAAAUAAUAAAAGCGAAAGGAUGUGGAGCAGCUCAUGUGUAUCCGACAAAACGACUACCAAGAACGAGGAAAACGAGCAGGAGUAUAAUGUUUUCAUUAAAGAAGAGGAUCAUAUAAAGUCGGUCAGGUCAAACCGCAUCAACAUGGCAGUGAGGCGAAAUCUGUUACCGUAUUCGAAGCAAACGCCCCAGAACCGCCAGGAACUUAUCCAAAGCAUCAGACGAGAUCGGGAAGUUCUUGGGGCCUACUUCCAACGAUUGACCUGGAAUCGAGAGCGAGACAAAUCACCCACUGCGCCGAAAGUUUCUAAUCAUCCUAUUCUUCAGAGAAACAGCUACGAUUUGUUCUUUGAGAGUGCCUGCGUCAGUGUGAAAGGAUUGCCACCCAAACUGGCGGCAGAAGCCAAGAGUCGUAUCUCCCAAAUCAUCACCGAGUUUGAAAUCCGCGCUAUCUCGGAAAUGGAAGCACAGCACAGCCGCCAAACGCAGGGGCGACCCAUAAUGGAUAGUGAAUCAGGGAUUGUCUACGAAUUCCAUCCCUGCUCGUAAAGUAGGUUUGGUGUUUACCUUUAAAGUCCCUUAACUCAUCAACACUACAUUUUUGACGCCACCUUGCUCCGGACUUUCAAAAUUCAUAAUAAAAAUUAGAGCGAUCAACAUCUACUAAAUAAAAAGGCGGUCAUUUGGUCGCGUUUCGGCCCUAAA